CAGAAAUUGAUCGGGCUGUAGAGUAUCCUAACCAAAUACCUGAAAAUGGUAUUGGCAACAAAGAAUUUAAUCAAGGACAAGGCAUAAAUCAAAGCAAAUUUGCCUAUAAGAUUAAACAUUUAUACAAAUUAAAUAAUCCAAUCGGUAUCAAAGAGUUAAAAAGUAGAUAUGAUAUAUCUCCUCCGCAAAAAUAUAUUUAUGUUAGCAAAUAUGCUGUUCUGUUGUUGGUAAUUUUUGAAAAAAAAUGGAAUUGUUGGGUUUUUCCAGGAGGCAAAAUAGAACCGAGUGAAACCCCAGAAGAGGCCGCUAAAAGAGAGGCAUUUGAGGAAACUAAUUUAGUAAUUGAGGAUUUAGAAAUAGUGGCCGAAAAAGUUUUUUCUGGAAAAAAUCAGAGUUGCAUAGGUUAUCUUGUCAAGGUCAAUAGAUACUCCGGGGAG